AUGGAGUCGCAGCAGCAGCAGCAGCAGAUGGAGGCGGUUUCUGCGCCGGCCGCCUCCACGAACGGGGGCGGGGAGCUGAUCGGGUACGUGGACGUGCACGUGCGGAGCGCGCGGGACAUCCAGAACAUCUGCAUCUACCACAAGCAGGACGUGUACGCGCGCCUCUCGCUGCCGGGGGAGGGCGCGCCGGCGGCGUCCACGCAGGUCAUCAAUGGCGGCGGCCGCAACCCGGUGUUUGACCAGUCCGUGCGCGUCGGCGUGCGCGCGGGGGACGUCGACGCCGCGCUCCGCUGCGAGGUCUGGAUGCUCAGCCGGGUCAAGAACUACCUGCAGGACCAGCUGCUGGGCUUCGCGCUCGUGCCGCUCCCGGACGUCGUCGCCGCCGAGGGUGGCACGCUCGCGCGCGAGUUCCCGCUCUCCACCAACGACCUCUUCCACUCCCCGGCCGGGUUCUUGGAGCUCGAGCUCUCGUACAUCGGGGUCGUGCCCGAUGUCAUUCCCGUCUCGCCCACGCCCAAGCCUGCGCUGGCCGAUCCGGAUGAGUGCGAGAACGCCGGCGGCGGAGCCGGCGCUGGCGCAGGGAAGGACUACGAGAACAUGGAGUUCCCUGACAUGAAUCUUGUGGAGGAAAACCAGAUUAUGCUCUCGGAAUAUGUUGGGCUGCCGUGCACGGCCAUGGAAACGCAGAGCUCCGAGAGCCUCCUGACCUCGGAGGACGUGGAUGGCGCCGCCACCGAGUCCCACGACGCUGGCGUGCGCGUCGUGCAGAGCUUCUCCACGGACUACAGCACCGCCGACUCGGCCGGCGCCUUCCGGAGCGAGACGGCAGCCAGCAGCGUGUCCACCACGGAGUCCCCGGCCGCGGCCGUCCCGGCCACCCCGCAGUCCAACCCGUCCGAGCCGUCAGGAAACGCCCUCUCAUCAGCAGGCCAGAAGGAGAAGGCCUCGGACGCGGCGGAGGUCGAUUCGUCUCCCACCGUUCAGGAGAGCCCGGCGGUGAACUCGCCCAGCACCGUGUCUGAGAACGCGGUGGACAAGCCGCCGCCGGCGAUGAGCUUCAACUUCGCGGAGGAGGUGCAGGUGAACCAGAAGGAGAUCAUGGACAUGUACAUGAAGAGCAUGCAGCAGUUCACGGAGUCGCUGGCCAAGAUGAAGCUCCCGCUGGACAUGGACAAUGGCAGCGACAAGAGCGGGAGCGGCCCCGCCGCCGCCUCGCCCACGGAUUCCAGCGGCACCGACUCGAGCGCGGCGACGAAGAAACCGACGGCCGGGGCUGCGCAGGAGAAAUCUCCCAAGGUGUUCUACGGAAGCCGAGCCUUCUUCUAG